GUUCUUCUGUUUGGAAUCUCUCCUGUCCCUUGUCACCACACGGUGAUUCUCUCCGGUCUAAUCGUGUGGUGUAGAAAAGCAUGUGAUUCUCUCUGAUUUGAUCAUGUGAUAUCGAAGAGCUUUGAAACAUGGAUACAAGAGAGAUUCAGACACAGAAUUCCUUACCAAAAAAAAGGUAUGUUGACUGUUGCAUUGCAUCACUUAACAACCUUUGUUUCUGGUCUUUGUUUAUAGGUGGGGUUAGUGGUCUUUGUUUAUAGGUGGGGUUAGUGGAUCGAGGUGUUAUUGUCAGUUUCACAAGCAGAGACUAACGUUUAUACAAAAUGACGAAUCUGCCCUCAAAUGUCAGGGUAGAAAGUGAGAGAGAAAAAAAAAAAAGGUUUUUUUACUCAACCAAUUCCAUCCCAAGAUGCUCUAACCUGUGUCAAGGUGAAGAGGACUCUUUCCCGCCAAAAAAAGCCUCUCGCUUACAUUUAUUACAGUGCCUAGUUUUUUUCACUCACACAAUAGAGAGAGAGAGAGAGAUGAAGGGUACGUCCAAAGUGAUAAUGGGGGCAACCCUGGCAAUGGUGGUGAUCCUUGCCAUAGUAUUAGGCUUGGUCUUGGUGCUGUUAGCUGAGCUCUACUGCUCUCUCCUCCUCCGCCGGAAAAAACAGCCAAGGACCACCACCACCAUCACCACCACUAACAUGGUGGCAAAUGAUUCCUCUCAAUCUCAUCACCUGCAAAACCAAUCAGCUUCUCCCCAACCUCUAAGAAGCUUUUACGCGCACGGUGUACUCCAUGCUCCACGAAGCUUCCUCUUCCCUGCAGUCCACGGCAAAGAAGACAAGGUGGUGGACAUAGAGAAGCAACACUCUCAACUCCAUCGAUUCUUUGAAUCCGAAACCGAAGAACUCAACACCACUCCUCAUCGAAUCGGCGUCAUGAUGUCUACUUCACCACCCUCCACUUCCUUCAGAUCAGUAAGUUCACCUAAACCAAUUGAAAAGGUUACACUCCAAAGUGAUGGUAGUACUAGUGGAUGCAAUGGUGGCAGCGGCUGUGGAGGUGAGCAUGUUGUGUACAUAUCCAAUCCAAUUUACGACAACGAUGUUAGUGGGCCAAAUGGGGUAGAUACCCCAUUUGAAACACCAGAUACAUCGCCAUCCCGUUUAGAAACGGGUGGCUCUUCUGGGGAAGACAGUAUGAGCCAGUCUAUACAGUCUUCCCCAUCUAGUCCAUCACCUCCAAAUACACCACCCUUGAUGCCGAUGAAGAAACUUCCAGCGGAGGCGUGUUCAAUUUCGUUGAGAGAUGCCCGGUCUCUACCCAUUUCAGGUAGUGAUUCUAAUAGCAACAAUGGUCUCUCUUCAUCGUCUUCCGGGUCUCCAUGUACUUCACCUUCAUGGUGAAUUUCUUUGUUCAUGUCAGUGUUAAGAGCUUUUUUUUUUUGGUUGGAUUUUUUGUGGACUUUGUGAGUUUGUUAUGUUGUGAAUGAAUAUAGUACUAAAAAGAUGCAAAAGUGGGCAGGUUGUUUAGAAAACAGUAGGGUCUUUUGAAGAGAAAACAGUAGGGUCUUUUGACCUUUUUCACUUCCAGGCAUGACCAUGGCUCGUUAAACCAAGCCACGACCCAUCCCAACCCCAAGUACUCUUCUAUAAAAGCCUGUCUGUUUGUCUGCUGCCUCUCUCUCUCUCUCUCUCUCUC